GAAGCACCGCCGCGGGGAGCCCCUCACCAUGGUCACCGCGUACGACUACUCGUCCGCGGUCCACGUGGACUCCGCGGGGAUCGACCUCAUCCUCGUCGGCGACUCCGCCGCGAUGGUCGCGCACGGGCACGGCAACACCCUCCCCAUCUCGCUCGACCUCAUGCUCGAGCACUGCCGCGCCGUCGUGCGCGGCGCGCCGCGGCCGCUCAUCGUCGGCGACCUCCCCUUCGGGUCCUACGAGUCCUCGGCCGCUCAAGCUGUCGAAUCCGCGGUGCGGCUCGUGAAAGAAGGCGGCGUGGAUGCGGUGAAGUUGGAAGGCGGCGCGCCGUCGAGAGUGAGCGCGGCCAGGGCGAUCGUGGAGGCCGGGAUAGCCGUGAUGGGGCACGUCGGGCUCACACCACAGGCGAUCAGCGUGCUCGGCGGGUUCCGGGCGCAGGGGAAGACGGUCGACAGUGCUCUUAAGGUCGUGGAGGCGGCGCUGGCUUUGCAGGAGGCCGGCUGCUUCGCGGUUGUCCUCGAGUGCGUGCCUUCUCCGGUAGCAGCAGCUGCGACCCAAGCACUGCAAAUCCCAACCAUCGGCAUCGGGGCUGGAUCUCUGUGCAGUGGCCAGGUCUUAGUCUACCAUGACCUGCUAGGAAUGUUUCAUAGCCCAGACCACUCCAAGGUCACACCCAAGUUCUGCAAGCAGUUUGGCAACGUCGGCGCCGUCAUCACCAAGGCGCUCACCGAGUACAGGGAAGAAGUGGAGGCCCGGUCGUUCCCGGACGCCAUCUGCACGCCGUACAAGAUGUCCUGCAAGGACGCCGAUGAUUUCGCGAGUGUGCUGCAGAAGAUGGGCUUCGAUGGGUCUGCGGCUGCCGCGGCGGCCGCCGCCGACAAUGCUGAGAAAUUAGUACACAGAAAGCCGCAGGAGAUGAGCACCAAUGGCGUCUUGACUGCAGGAGCAGCAGUUUAAUAGUAGCUUGCCGAGCGUAAUGGUAUGAUUUGCAGGAGCAGCAGUUUUUUACACUGUGUUUACCACCGAUGUACACGUAAUAAAAAGUUUGGCAACAGCCAUGUCCAUGGUGUGAUCGAA